GUUGGGCUCAGCAUUCCUGCACACACUGUUGCGGUGCUUCUCAGCUGUGAGAUUUCAAUGGCUAAUUUAUAGAUUAAUUACUGCUCUAGAAAACUCUAAAAAGGAAUGUGCUGAUUAACAUGUAUGAAAGUUUUAGUUUAAAGUGUGUAAGCUUUAUAAAAGCCUGUCUGAUUGUUUUAAACCUGCAUACAAACUUCAUUAUUCACUGCAGCUGGGCCAACACAUUGCUGGCAGGGAUUUCAGUUUGCUGAAAUGCUGGGAUGGUUUCAGAUGAGGAUGAGGACGAGGUAGAGACAAAUCACUGACUAGAGGAAGAGGAUUGAAAUAGACUCAAAGUGACUCUGUUUCUACGGUAACUGUGGAUGGGGAGGUACGAGAGAUGAGAGCGAGGCAAAACAAACGCUGGCGCUGCCACCGUGGCAACAGCUACAUCAUUGGUUCUUGUUUCAUAGUAAAGACGUGUUAAAAAAAAAAAAAAAAUCACAAGAGGCCCAGGAGACACCGCCCUCACAACUGCAUGUUGCAUCAGAAAGAUCCUACAAGAGGAAGAGCAAAACACACAAACACAUCACAUGCUCCACUUCACUCUACAGCCCCCUCCUUCCUCCCCGCUCUCCCGCCAAAACAUCUCAGCGAGUAAAUCCUGCCUAGAAACCAAACAGCUGACUUCUGCCUCGCUGUGAUUGGUGCAGCUCCCUAGCAACGGCGUGUGUUAAUUCAGCCAAUCAGGCGCUGAGUUUUCUGCACUUUCAACCAAUAGCAGGCAGCCCCAGCUUACCCAGGCAGUAACAGUGACUUGGUAACUGUCCGGAAGAACAGAAAGCAGCUGUGAUUGGUGAGAUCUGUGCUGCGUCCUCAUUGGCUGCUCAUGACGAUCUCUCAGUCAUUCAUAUGUUUUUGCGGCUGCUCUCUUUUGCCCUGAAGGGAUACACCCACAGCAGAAGGUCAACUUCUCUUCAUCCUGAUUGGCCGAGCAGCAACGUGGACUCCUAGUAACAAACCACAAUUGCUAAAACAGGGUGUGGUUAGGCUUCUGUCAGUCAUCCAAAUGCUAGCCAAACAUGAUGUUGUUGCUGCCGGCCUGCACUUACUAAGAAGUAUUUUGUAUGACAAACAGGCCUUCAUUAACACACUUGUAAUAUCUGGGAGUAAAAUUCAUACUUCUCAUGUUGCUGGUGCAGUUUCACUGUACAUGUUUGUUCACACAUAUUUGUAUUACUGCAACAGUGUUUGCUAAGAUUCACUGCUAGUAUUUGCGUAGCUCCUGCUAGGCAUCUGUCAGUUAUUUUAUGUCUAAUUUUAGUUAUGAUCUAGAUAUCACAGAGAGAUUUUCAUCAUUUACAACUUCAUAUUUGAGGUCUAACUGGUCCAGAAAGUGUUCACUUGUCAUUCUCUUGUGUUUAAACUUUAGAUGCAUGGAGAGCAGCGCAUGAUUCACCUAGCAAGAAGAAUGAGUCCCCAGACGACGACUGCAGCUCACGAACACAACCGAAGAUGAAUCAGAAGUGACAUCAUGGCUGACGCAUUAUCCUGCUGAAAGAGGCCACAGCCACCAGGGAAUACCGUUUCCAUGAAAGGGUGCACAUGGUCUGCAACAACGCUGGUGGUACGUGUCAAAGUAACAUCCACAUGGAUGGCAGGACCCAAGGUUUCCCAGCAGAACAUUGCCCAAAGCAUCACACUGCCUCCGCCGGCUUGCCUUCUUCCCAUAGUGCAUCCUGGUGUCAUGUGUUCCCCAGCUGGUUUGCAUGAAGAGACGUGGUUAACAAAAACAGAAAACCACAGCGGGAGGGAGGAAAUGCUACAUGCAAAAUGAAGUUCCACCUAUAUCUGAUGAAAUGAUACAAGUAUUUGUAAAGACUCAGCAUCUCUUCACCAGCUCUUCAAUGUUUUUGAGGAACCUGGAGAUCCUGUCAGGGAUGAAGUUGAACAUCUGUAGUCUCCUGUUCAUUUUAUCUGCCCUCUUAUGCGUAUCUUCAAAAAAAGAUGAAAACGAAUGUAAACAUUCUAAUAAACCUGAGUGUGCUCUUUAUAAAAAAGAAAUUCAGAAAAAAUCAGACAACGGUAAUGAUGCUGAGAAUUUAAUCUUCAUACUCGGUACAGAUGGAUUCAUGGGAUACAUGGAAACAGGUGAUUGCUGGAACGUAACACAAAACCAAUCUGUUACUCUGUGCAAUUCUUCUGGAUUGUCAGAGAGGAAACUAUUCAGUAUCACUGUUUUUUCAUUCAAAGAAGAUGAGACCAAACCAACAUACAGCAGUGAUUAUGUGAAUAUAUCUACACACUCACCAUACGAACUCAACAUAAGCAGACCAAUUAUACCUACGUUUGUCUGUGUAUUAGAAGGGUGCUGCAGUAAUCACACUUGGACAAACUGGAUUACAGGAGGUUGUAAUUGGACCCUUCCAAAACAUUUUGCAGUCACAAAAUGUAGUAUGACCUGCCUGAAUCCCACAACGGCAUGUGAGAAAGCAGAAUAUAAUCCCACAUGCAAGGAUGAUAAUGCAGGCGAUGAAAGCAAAAUGAACACCAUUAGGAUAUCUAACAAAACUGCAACUUGUUUUAAGUGUGGAAGUCCGUUUCAAAAGUUGGAAGAAUUCCAAGAUAUACCCUCAGAAAUGUCAAAUCUAUUUAAUAAUACUAAUAAAACAGAGGUAGAUGCUGGGGCAGCUGUUGUGGUCAUGAAAAAUCUCACCAAUCUGGUAUCUUUGAUGAAGAAUUUGACCAUAGCAUCUAUAUCCAUGGGUAGCAUUAAAGGGGUUUUAAAGAAAAUUCAAAAUGUGACUGAUAUCAAGAAGGCCGCUUUCAUCUACUCUUUAGAAACUGGCAUCAAAGUUAUAGAUGAUUUUUCCGUACUGAAUAAUUAUUCCAACGCUUUCACUAUUCCAAAGGAAGCCUCUCUGCAAGCGUUCAACAAAAGUGCAGGAAAUGCUUUUUUGGGUCUUUUCAGAUUUCCCAGCAUGACAAAGGUAUAAAAAAAAAAAAACUUUUUUAAUUCCUGUAUGCAGGAAAACAUAACCUGUUUCAUGUCGUACGCACAGGUAAUACACAAGGAAAGCAUGUGCUUAACUACAAAGGCUGGCUUGCAUUUUGUUUUCAUACUGACAGAGUUUAUGCUUAUAUAGAGAGUUAUAUUUAUAUUGCAAAAGACGUAUAAAGGUUUAUAGUGCACUUUCAGAGUUUCUAUCAUGUUCAAUAUGCUGGAAAAACAGGCUUGGUCAAGUUUUAUGAUGUGUUUAAAUGAUUUUAACUCAUUGUGCAUUAUAACAGAAUGCAUUUUUGGCUACUUCUAAACAAGUGAUUUUAGUGAAACUAAUAAUAAAAAACAUAAUCAAUAAUACCUGUAUUCAUAAAAUGUGUGGCUUAAAAAUAAAAAUAAAGUAGGACAUUUUGUAGGUAUGCAAAUCCUGAGUAUCCUGAACGUGUAAAUGCCUGUUUCAUGAACAGUGUUCAGGACAUUUUGACUACUGACAUUGAUCUUAUUUAAUCUUAACUGUGAUGUAAAUCAAAUUGUGUUUCUAUAUAGAAGCCUAAAUUCUUAGCAAUCAAAAAACAAAAACAAUAUCAUUGCAUUUUUAUUAAAGGAUGAAAACAACAGUACAGUUUUGGGGAAUGAAGUUUAUGCAAUCGAAAUGGGCACAGGCAUUUCAAAUCUGACUGAAAACAUCAGUUUGGUCUUCAGCAAUAAAGAGCAGACGAAAGGAACUUGUCAUUCAUGGGAUGGACGUGGAAAUAAGCCAAACUGGACAACUGAAGGGUGCUUUACUGAGUCCAGUGAAAGUAAGAUUACAUGUAAUUGCCAACACUUGACUUUCUUCGCUGUGCUUAUGACCCCUCCAGAUGUAACCAUUUCUGAAAGUGACCUUGUCAAUCUGACCUACAUCACGUACAUCGGCUGCGGCCUCUCCAUGUUUUUCCUGGGAGUCGCAUUUUUUAUUCACUUCCUCUUAAGGAAAGCGAAGGCCACUAAUUCAGCCCACGUGCUGAUGAAUCUCUUUUUUGCACUGUUUCUGCUCAACGUGGCCUUCCUGUCUAAUGAAUACGUUGCACGUGCGAAUAGCCACAACGCCUGCAAGGUCAUGGCUGCAUUCAUGCACUACUGCUUGCUGGCCAGUUUCACCUGGUUUGCGGUGGAGGCUUUACACCUCUGCCUGCAAAUGGCCAGACAAUCAGGCGUCAUCAAACAUUACAUCCUCAAGAUCUCUGUGAUUGGGUGGGUUCCUCCUGCUCUUAUUGUCAGUAUCCUUUUUGUCUUGCGCAAAUAUGGUGAGCAGACCAUACAGACAGAGUCAAGCAAUGUAACCAUGUGCUGGAUUUUAGACACCACUGUCCACUACACCGUGAACAUCGGUUAUUACUGCUUCGUCUUCAUCUUCACCUUCUCCACCUGCAUCGUGGUGCUGCGAUGGCUCUCCAUGCUGAAGGUGAGCAAGUUUAACAAGGCUGUAAAGGUGAAACGCACAGGAACCGCCACCUUGGACGUCACCACCGUCCUGGGCCUCUGCUGUCUGCUGGGACUCACCUGGAGUUUCGCGUUCUUCAGCUACGGAGGUCUGCGUAUGUCCUCGUACUACAUAUUCACCAUACUAAACUCCUUCCAAGGAUUGUUCUUGUUCAUAUAUUACGUGAAAACGAGCACCCUCUUUGGAGACUCAGUGCCAUCAGAAGAUAGCAACAACAUGACUGAAGAAACCAACACAGAAAACCCAUAUGAUAACCAACUACCACCACCCUCCAAAAAGGACUUCUGAAUGUCGCCUCUGUAUCUGUGCAUUUGAAAUGUCAUAUCUGUCUAUAGAUACUUCAUUUGCAGUAUUAUAGUGAAUUCAAUGCAAAUUUCUCCUAUAACGUAUGUGUUUCUGAUGGCAGAAUUUAAGAAUUUGCUCUCUUUCAGUUCAUGAGUUUGAAUUGAAUUGCUGACGCCCCACAGGAAGUUGAAUUGAGUUGAGUUGUAUUUGCUUUACCGCAGUUCCAAUUUAGGAAUUCAGUUCUGAAAGGGGCACAAUCCAGCUGUAUAAUAAUAUAAUCUUGAUGUUUCUUUUUCAUGGCUGCAUUUUCUUAGAGAGACUGCUAGAAAAGUAACAGAUUUUCAUUAUUAUACAAUGCUACUGAUGCAUUUGUUUUUACACUGUAUAUUAUUUUAUUCAUGUUUAUUUUUGUGGGCAAGAUAAAUAACAAUUCUAACUCUAUUAUAAUAGGAAAAUGAUACUAUUUUUGUGAUUUUUAGCUCCUUGAUGAAUUGCUUUGUUCCUCUCUUCUAAGUUACUUUGGAUAAAUGCUAAUGCAUAGAUGUUAAAAUGUUACAGUAGGUUAUUAUAUUUUCUGUCUUCAUAAGCUAUUGAUAUUGGAAGGUUCUACACGGUCCUAUACAAGUUUAACUUUCUGUGAUGCUCUUGCCUGUAACAUGUUUUACUGAUGAGCAGAAACAUAAACCCUGAAAAAAUAAUUACA